GAAUCUGCUCAGUCCAGGCCUAUUCGUGCGCGGCAUUCGAGUCUUUCUCUCUGUCUGAAAACUACUUUUGAGCUUUUUUAACGGUGUACAAUGUCGAACGUCAAGAAAUUCACAACCCACUCAUACGUUGAUACAAAAGACUAUAAUUAUUUGUGGGUAAUAGAAGAUUUUAUCUUAAUUCGUGAAAAGGAUCGUGGCUACGUGAAUUCGACCUUAUUUGCUACCGAUGAAAUGGAGUUUCAAUUGAUAUUCGAGACGAGGUAUUAUAGUUCAGGAAAAUAUUCAGAUUAUUCAACGUUACAUAUAUCCAGUUCAUCCAAUUUGAACAAAAAUUUACCUUGUACAUACAAAAUAUCAGUUAUGAAGGACGACGCGAGUGUUUUCACCAAAACGGAUACCUACCAAAUAACCACGAAGGAGGGCUUAGAAGAAAUUUUCGCGAUUCCCACCCUCGAAAUGAAUAAAUUUAUUUCGUCAACGGGUACUAUGGUCGUUCACUGCGAAUUGAAAGUUGCCACGGGAGAGGAAGAGAAUUCUGCUAACUACGAAGGCGACGACGCGAACGAAGGCCUUUCACCGAAACAUAAUUUCGAUUGGAUAUUUCUCGAGAAAGAACUGAGCGAUGUUACGCUAAAAACUGCAGAUGGAAAGAAAAUCCCAGCGCAUAGAGUCGUGCUCGCUAGUGCCAGUUCAGUAUUCAGAACCAUGUUCAAACGCGAAAAGGGCGGAAACAAAUCUCAAUCAGUUGAUAUGGUGGAUGUUACUUAUAAGACUGCAGUUGAGUUGCUGCGAUACAUCUACACGGGUAGGGUUGUAAAACCAGGAUUUCCUUUAGCAAUGGAUGUUUUAGCAGCUGCUGACAAGUAUCAACUUGAAGAAUUGAAAAGUGAGUGCGAACAAAUAAUAGGCUCCAAUUUAUCGGCUGAAAACGCACUAGACGUUCUAAGAGUUGCUGAUAAGCAUAAUGCAAAAUAUUUAAGCAAAAAAGCUGCCGAAUUUAUAAAAGUUUUGUUCAGAUCAGUACGAUAAAUAUAUAUUUUAAUACAUGUUCAAUUUAAUUGUACUUACAUGUUAUUCAAUUUAAUUAAAUAUAAUGUUACUA